ACAGCAUUCUACAGUUACCGUGAAGUCGGUACGCGUACUGCUCCUAAAUACUUCAGAACAUUUCCUGGCUCUUGGGCUUUAGGAAACAAGAAAUACUGAAGUAUGAAGCGGCUCUUACUCUUACUGGCCUCAGUUUGUCUCAUAUCCUUGUUACAACAAGGACCAACGCAUGUGGAUGCGGUGCUUGAACCACCAAAUGAUGAUCCGAUAUACGCAUCGGCGAGUUACAGACCUGGACAUGCACCGCCGCGGAAUCCGCGUGUACGUGGACGUCCACGUGUGCCGCAGCACGGUCGUCCGCUACCUCCAAGGACGGUUUCACUUGGAAAGCACGGUAAGAGAACGUACCGUUCCCACAUUCUAACGUGCAUGCAGGCUAUAUAUUUGCAGUUGACCUUUUCACGCACCAUGAUAUGGAACUAGUGCUGGCCACUGCGCCACACUAGCCCACGGAGGAACUUGCAGUAUGUUGGAACGUUGCUGACUGCAAGGACCAGUCGGCAAAGCAGUUUGCAAGACGCCCGUCGUGACAAUAUAUGACCUCCAUCUUAAGGGAAAAAUGUGCCACAGAAGUAGACACAAUCAAAACUGCCUGUCUUUUCCUCCCUUUGUUUGUUUGAAUAAAACGUGUGAAGCCUAUCAA